AUGGAUGAAGAUCCGGUCGACAUAAUUGGUAACCGGAAGAGCAAUGCCAACCUACCUUGCACUCUUGGAGUGGAUACUCCUAUCACCAGACUGCCAUUGCCAUACACACACAGCUGGUUCCAACCAAGCCGACCGACCAUGGCGGCCAAGGAGGUGGAGAAGGUGGUCACCGCCGACGAAGAGACAACGGACAUCGUCGUCCAUAGGGUGCCGUACGGGGACCCGCCGGCGGUCCGGGCGCUGGACACGAGCGAGCUGACCACGUGGUCCCUGUACCGCGCCCUCAUCGGCGAGUUCACGGCCUCCCUCGUCCUCCUCUACGUGAGCAUCGCCACCGUCAUCGGGUACAGGAGCCAGUCCUCCGCCCCCGAUGACCGGUGCACCGGCGUCGGCUACCUCGGCGUCGCUUGGUCCUUCGGCGCCACCGUCUCCGUCCUCGUCUACUCCACUAGCGGCAUCUCAGGCGGGCACAUAAACCCGGCGGUGACGUUCGCGCUCUUCAUGGCCGGGAAGGUGACGCUGGUGCGCUCGGUGCUGUACGUGGCGGCGCAGUGCCUCGGCGCCGUCGUCGGCGUGGGCAUCGUCAAGGGGAUCAUGAAGCACCCCUACGACGACCUGGGGGGCGGCGCCAACGCGGUGGCCGGGGGGUACUCGCUCGGGGCGGCCCUUGGCGCCGAGACCUUGGGCACCUUCGUCCUCGCCUACGCCGUCUUCUCCGCCACCGACCCCAAGCGCACCGCCCGCGACGCCUUCGUCCCCCUGGUGGCGGCGCUCCCGAUCGGCAUGGCGGUGUUCGUGGUGCACCUGGCGACCAUCCCGAUCACCGGCACGGGCAUCAACCCGGCGAGGAGCCUGGGUGCCGCCGUCCUGUACAACCAGCACAAAACCUGGAAGCAACACGUACGUGGUGGGACCCAUGCACUGCACUACUACUCCGUCUGUUUCUUUUUAGUUUGCAUAUAAAAUUUGGUCAAAGUCAAAUUUUAUAAAAUUUGACUAACUUUAUAAGAGAAAAGAUCAACAAUCACAAUAUGAAAUCAAUAUUGUUAGAUGCAUCAUGGAAUGAAUUUUCAUACCAUACAGCGUUAGUAUCAUAGAUGUUGGUAUUUUUUAUAUAAAUUUAGUUAAACUUUGUGUAAUUUGACUUUGACCAAAUCUUAUAUGCAGUGCACAUGCCUAUAUAGUACUAUUGUUUCGUCGCUACAAGUGGGUCCCAUGCCAUGCCGGUGUCACUUCAGCCAUAUACGGUGCCACGUCGGCACAUUUUACGUCUACGAAUGAGAUUAGCACCAUAUUUGCACGUUCAUGUGCCAAGUUUUAGAAUCAGUUUGACGUAUUUUUCAAAUUCAAAUACUAACGUGAAUAUUUAUGACAAGUUCAAACAUCACUGAUGUAUUUACCUUUUUUUCAUCCGUAUAAUGAGAAUAAAAGAGUUGUUGGU